AAAACAGGAUGGAUUUGUGUCUGGUGGAUUUGGGUGAUGUUUUUAGUAUAAAGCAGGCAGAAUUCCUACGACUGGAUGUGGGGAAGUGCAAGGUCAGAAGGAAAAGAGAAAAAUUAGGAUUCACAGACUAAAUAUUUGUUCUUUGUAAGUACCUAUGACUGUUUAUAUUAAUAUUUUAAGGGUCUUUAUUAGCAAUGCUAUCUUCCAGUUUUGGUUUUAAAGGGAAAAUAGUCCUAAAGUAAACAACUGUAAGGGAUGGAGAGAGGGACACAGGCCCAGUGGUGUCUGUGUGGCCCCUGCUGAGCUCACCGCAGAAGGAUGUGGACAUUUGGUUCCCUGAGCUUAUCCCAGCACAAUGGGGACUGGUCCUAUUGCACGGAGAGGACAACAGAUGGUGGCAGAGAGAGACACUAAUUUAUGGACUCGAGGAGAGGAAAUAAGUCGUUAAGGGGCAUGCAGGACAAAGGCAGACAACUGGGUAAAACCCAGGUGGUGCCCUGGUAUUACCCCUGUCUGGGCCAUGGCACCCACACUCAGGAACCAGACCUUGUGGGUGAGGACACGCUGUCCGUCCUGCCAAGGUAAUAACUUCCUGCCCCAGGCAGGAAUAUAGCUCUGCACUCACAGCAGCUCCUGCUCAGGCUGCUUGUCGAAACCACCCUGCAGCUCAAAUUAAGGAUCAUGGUCAUGGGAAUGCGGGGUUUCAGGGCAUCCCUCAGGAACUGCUCUCCUCCCCAGAAUUCCAUAACAGAAGCCCGUGUGCUUGUAGGUGUGCUGGUCAUGGUGGGCUUCACGGUGGGAAAGGCUCCUGCUCCUGACAUCCGGACCUGCCACUUCUGCCUCUUAGAAGACCCUUCUGUAGGAUGCAUUUCGGGCUCAGAGAAGUGCACCAUCAGUAGCUCCUCCCCGUGCAUGGUGAUCUCCAUCUAUUAUGAUAUCAAGGUUCGCUUCACCAUCCGCGGCUGUGGACAGCACAAUUCCUACCGCUGCCAAGAGAAACGUAACACCUACUUCUCAGAGUACUGGUAUCAGGCCCAGUGCUGCCAGUAUGAUUACUGCAACUCCUGGUCCAGCCCCCAGCUCCAGAGCUUCCUGCCUGGGCCCCCUGACAAGUCCCUGACUUCGCCUCUGUCUGACUCCCAGAUCCAGCGGUUCUACCAGGCCCUCAACCUCUCACUGCCCCUACCCAGCUUCCAUGCUGGGAAGGAGCCUGAAGCCCUGGACCCCCUGGCCACCCUACCCCUGAACCUGGGCUUGUCCAUUGCUGCCCUGCGCCACAUGUACUUGUUCCUCAACAGUUCAGGACUUUUGGUUCUUCCCCAGGCUAGACUCUGAUACCUUACUCUUCCCAGAUUGCACCCCGUUCUAGCAUCUCUCCCUAACAUCCCAGCAUCCUGCACUGCCCUCUCUGAGAACACCCACAUUCUUUGGUCCCUGUGAUUGUUUAGGCCUCCCUCCUUUGUGCUCCAGCAUCUGUGUGGCUUUGGUUUAACUUCCUCCCCUGAACUCUGGUGCUGUUCCUCCUCCUAGAAAAGAGUCUCAAGUGUGGAUUCUGCCCAGGCUGACCUGGGAAAGGCACAGUGAUUUCCUCAUCUCUUUCCCAUUAUCUGAGUGUUCAUCAUCCCCUGUCUCCUCUCAAUCUGGUCACCUGCCACUUCUGUUAAGGUCUAGCUCUUAAGAUCUGGUACCAGACUGAACUUGCAGCAAGAAGGAUGAGGGGUAGACUUCUGUGCAUAUUUCCUGAGUUGGCAGCCUGGUGUCCCUGCCUCACUGUCUCCACCAUCCCCUCCCCUGGCCUGGUCUCCUGCCUUGUGUCCUCCUUAUGACAGUCUCUGGCCUCCUCAGCCCCAUUUCACCUCACUGCAUCCGACACCCACCUCCAUAGGGGUCUGGUGAGAGGAGAGGGGAGUCUGUCCUGCUCUGCUCCACAUCCCCCAUUUUCCUCCACAAUAAACUGGGACUGGGCUAAA